GGGAGCCCCUCCGCGGCGCCUACACCGCCUUCAUGAAGUCGCACCGCUGCUACGACCUCAUCCCCACCAGCUCCAAACUUGUCGUCUUUGACACUUCCCUGCAGGUGAAGAAGGCUUUCUUUGCACUGGUCACCAAUGGCGUGCGGGCGGCCCCGCUGUGGGACAGCAAGAAGCAGAGCUUUGUGGGCAUGCUGACCAUCACCGACUUCAUCAACAUCCUGCACCGCUACUACAAGUCGCCCAUGGUGCAGAUCUACGAGCUGGAGGAGCACAAAAUCGAGACGUGGAGAGAGGUUUACCUGCAGGACUCCUUCAAGCCGCUCGUCUGCAUCUCCCCCAACGCCAGGGGUGGUGGAUAUCUACUCCAAGUUCGACGUUAUCAACCUGGCGGCCGAGAAGACCUACAACAACCUGGACGUGACGGUGACGCGGGCGCUGCAGCACCGCUCCCAUUACUUCGAGGGCGUCCUCAAGUGCUACAAGCACGAGACGCUGGAAACCAUCAUCAACCGCCUGGUGGAGGCCGAGGUGCACCGGUUGGUGGUGGUGGACGAGAGCGACGUGGUGAAAGGCAUCGUCUCCCUCUCGGACAUCCUCCAAGCCCUGGUUCUCCCCGAGGGCUCCGAGCCCUGAGUGGUUCUUGAGGGGGGGGACACGGCCCAUCCCGGUGCCCCCCGCCCUCCCCUCCUGCUCCCCACUCACCAGCAGCAGCAGCAGCAGCAAUAACCGCCGGCUGUGGGGCAGGGACAACCCGUGCCUCCCCCCACACCGGGCACUGUGGUGGGGGCUUGGGCAGCCCCCAGCCCCUCAGGGUGUUCUCUAUGGGGCACUGACCCUGCUUAGGGAGAGGGGGGGGUGGGGGGGCUGCGUGCAGCCAGGCCGGGCUGGGGGUGUCCCAGCCCCACGUGGGUUUAUUUGCCCCCCAACUCCGCUCCAUCCGGGCCCCCCCCCCGCCAGGCCCCCCUCACUGUCACCGCUUUGUGCGCGGAGAGAAACCGCAAAUAAACGCAGUCCUGGCACCAA